AUGUCUUAUCCAAGAGAGUUCAAGCUCAUGGUCAUCGAAUACUAUCACAACAAUGGCCAGAACAAGUACCGUACCUGUAAAGAGUUCCAGAUCACGAAAUCUAUGCUGAAUGGAUGGCUGUCAAAGAUUAAAGGACUUUGUCCCAAACCCAGCAUGUAA